UUAAAAAGAAAGAAACUAUGUGCUGUGUUUGUACUUUUGUAUGAUUUUGCAAUUUUCAAUAUUUUUUUAUUUUUUCUAAUUUGUGAUUAUACCUUAAUCAAAACAAUUACAAAUCAUUGGCAGUUUUAGAUCGUUAAUAUUGUGUUUAUAAUUAACACAAAACAUAUACAACAAUAUGUCUAUCGGCACUGUUUAUGAAAAAGCUUACAAAGGUGAUUUUAAUCAAGUUAAAGUUAAAACUGACGAAGAUAAAACCUUAAUAGCUGCCCUAGAUCCAAAUAACAGACUACUCAUUCAUUGGGCUGCCCUAGGCGGUAAUGAAAAUCUCGUGGAUUUUCUUUUAGAUUUGGGCAGCCCUGUAGACCCAAUUGAUGACACAAACUGCACUCCUUUAAUAUUAGCCUCUUCUGCAGGAAGGUUAGAAGUUGUCAGACUUUUAAUUGGAAAAGGAGCUAAUGUAAAUCAUAAAUCUAAUCGUGGUCAAUCAUCAUUACAUUAUGCAUGUUCAAAAGGACAUAAAGAGAUAACAAAACUAUUAAUUGAUGCUGACGCCAAUGUAAAUGAGGUAGAUGUACUUAGUGCAACACCACUCCACAGAGCUGCAGCGCAGGGUAGAGCCAACAUAGUUGAACUGCUUUUAUCAACUCCAAACAUACAAGUAGACGUAUCAGAUUCCACUGGCUGCACUCCUUUGCAUUUGGCUUGCGAGGAGGAUAGAGAAGCUGUUGCCUGUAUGUUAGUUAAGGCUGGUGCGAAUUUGAAUAUAAGCAACAAAGAAAAAAAAACCCCAUUACAAGUAUGUUCUGAUAAGUUAAAAAACACUCUAAUAAACUUGACAGAUUAAUUUACUGAUA